AUGCUUCGAACUGUAUCUGACUGGACCAUAUUCGUCUUUGGUUUACUGGCUAUCUUAGUAGGUCUACUUGGUUUAAUAAGCCCUGAAACAAUUUUAAACCUAAUGAACUUUAUUGUUCUUGAUCGAUCAACGCGUCAAAAUGGUGAUUAUACCAUAGCAUUUCUACUUUGCUCAUCGAUGGCUUCACUUAAUAUGGGUAUUUAUUAUUUACUAGCAGCAUGGAAUCAAUGGACAAAAUUCUAUCAAUUUACUGUUGUUUUUCGAUUAGUAACAGUUACUGUGUUCAUUUUGGCUAUUAAGAAUGGUCAUGCACCAGGAGGUUUUAUUGGUGUGGCAAUCUGGGAGUUGAUUGGAGCAUUAACAACUGGAGCAGCUUUAUGGUAUGAAGCAAAUAGUAAAAUGAAUAAGAUAAAACAAACAUUAUAA